AUGGUCAACUCCUGUAGUGGAUCCGUGUGCUCUGACCAGGGCUGUGGCCAAGGCUGUGGCCAGGAGACCUGCUGCCGCCCCAGCUGCUGCCAGACCACCUGCUGUGGGACCACAUGCUGCCGCCCUUCUUGCUGUGGCUCCAGCUGCUGUCGCCCCAUCUGCUGCCAGACCACCUGCUGCCGCCCUAGCUGCUGUGGCUCCAGCUGUGGCUCCAGCUGCUGCCGCCCCUCUUGCUGUGUCUCCAGCUGUUGUCGCCCCAUCUGCUGCCAGACCACCUGCUGCCGCCCUAGCUGCUGUGGCUCCUGCUGUGGCUCCAGCUGCUGUCGCCCCUCCUGCUGUGUCUCCAGCUGCUGCCGCCCCAUCUGCUGCCAGACCACCUGCUGCCGCCCUAGUUGCUGUGGCUCCAGCUGUGGCUCCAGCUGCUGUCGCCCCUCCUGCUGUGUCUCCAGCUGCUGCCGCCCCGUCUGCUGCCAGACCACCUGCUGCCGCCCUAGUUGCUGUGGCUCCAGCUGUGGCUCCAGCUGCUGUCGCCCCUCCUGCUGUGUCUCCAGCUGCUGCCGCCCCGUCUGCUGCCAGACCACCUGCUGCCGUCCAAAGCCGGUUUCGUCCAGCAAGCACCUGGAUUUCUCUGAGAGCUUUCUCUGGAUGGAGAGCAAGCUCAGGGCAGCCAGGGACUUAAAACCUCCACCCUCUGCAAUUAUGGUCAACUCCUGUAGUGGAUCCGUGUGCUCUGACCAGGGCUGUGGCCAAGGCUGUGGCCAGGAGACCUGCUGCCGCCCCAGCUGCUGCCAGACCACCUGCUGUGGGACCACAUGCUGCCGCCCCUCUUGCUGUGGCUCCAGCUGCUGUCGCCCCAUCUGCUGCCAGACCACCUGCUGCCGCCCUAGUUGCUGUGGCUCCUGCUGUGGCUCCAGCUGCUGUCGCCCUUCCUGCUGUGGCUCCAGCUGCUGUCGCCCCAUCUGCUGCCAGACCACCUGCUGUCGCCCUAGCUGCUGUGGCUCCUGCUGUGGCUCUAGCUGCUGCCGCCCUAGCUGCUGUGGCUCCUGCUGUGGCUCCAGCUGCUGCCGCCCCUCCUGCUGUGGCUCCAGCUGCUGCCGCCCCAUCUGCUGCCAGACCACCUGCUGUCGCCCUAGCUGCUGUGGCUCCUGCUGUGGCUCCAGCUGCUGCCGCCCCUCCUGCUGUGUCUCCAGCUGCUGUCGCCCCAUCUGCUGCCAGACCACCUGCUGCCGCCCCACCUGUUGCAUCACUACCUGCUGCCCCACCUGCUGCCAGACCAACUGUUGCCGCCCAGUCUGCUCUAGUGGUUCCUGCUGCUGA